AUGUGGUCCUGGAGCGUGUGGUCCUGUGGCCCUUGGAUGUGUAGUCCUGGAGCUUGUGGUCCUGGAGUGUGUGGUCCUGUGACUCUGGAGUGUGUGGUCCUGUGGUCCUGGAGUGUGUGGUCCUGUGACCCUGGAGUGUGUGGUCCUGUGGUCCUGGAGUGUGUGGUCCUGGAGUGUGUGGCCCUGGAGUGUGUGGUCCUGGAGUGUGUGGUCCUGGAGUGUGUGGUCCUGGAGUGUGUGUUCCUGGAGUGUAUGACCCUGGAGUGUGUGGUCCUGGAGUGUGUGGUCCUGGAGUGUGUGGUCCUGGAGUGUGUGGUCCUGAAGUGUGUGGUCCUGUGGCCCUGCAGUGUGUGGUCCUGGAGUUGUGUGGUCCUGGAGUGUGUGGUCCUGGAGUUUGUGGCCCUGGAGUGUGUGUUCCUGGAGUGUGUGGUUCUGGAGUGUGUGUUCCUGGAGUGUGUGUUCCUGGAGUGUGUGGUUCUGGAGUGUGUGUUCCUGGAGUGUGUGGUUCUGGAGUGUGUGUUCCUGGAGUGUGUGGUUCUGGAGUGUGUGUUCCUGGAGUUUGUGGAUCUUGAGUGUGUGGCCCUGGAACCUGUGGCUCUGGAACCUGUGGCUCUAGAUUGUGGUCCUGGAACCUGUGGCUCUGGAGCCUGUGGCCCUGGCGUGUGUGUCCCUAUGGCCCUGACUUACUUCCUCUUGUGGCCCCCUUGA